UAAUGAAAUAAAAGUAAUUAGAUACAUUCCCAGAGCUCAUGUCCUCACGGAACCAUUCCAUUCCACCAUAACUUCUAAUUAAAAAUCACUUUCAGGCUACGACGGAGGCUCCAACAUUGAGAAAAUGAGCGGAGGAAAAAUCCAGCAACUGGAACUCGGGGCUCCCGUCAACCUCGGAAGGCGCUUCGACUGGGUCAUGAGCAUCGAAGUCGGCGAGCACAUCCCCGUCGAGAGCGAAGACAUCUUCAUGGAUAAUGUGAUUAGACACGCAUGUAAAGGCGUGGUGUUGUCAUGGGCUCUCCCGGGUCCUACAGGUCACCACCAUAUAAACAACAGGCCAAACGACUACAUCAUUGGCAAGAUGAAGAAGAAGGGUAUGAUUCACGACCUGCAGGCACAGACACACAUUCGCACGGAGAUCGUUGCCCAUUGGAUGAAAGAUACUAUUAUGGUAUUCAGAUUCCCCAAAGCGAGGUGUUGAUGCGUUCGAUAGCUUGAUCACAGCAUGUAAACACAAUGGUCUGUACGUUAAAAUCAUUCGAACUGCGGCGGUCGUACGGAGGCGCUCGCGACCGACUCGAAUCCUUACUCUAAAGACAAGGCAACGCCAGGGACCGCCAGCACCACUGCCUGGCCUGCCUCUCAUUGUAAUUCUAAUUGUUAAUAGUAUUACUAUUUACAUUGUUAAAUGUCUCUGUUUAUGUUAAAAUUGUCACAAAUUAAUUUUCUCUGACACAUCAAAUGCCCUCUCUAUCAAAUUCAUGAUUUUUGGAUGAAUUACAUCAUAUAUUGGUUCAGAGCAUGUAGUAAAGUGAUUACAUUAGAAAUGAGAUAUGAGGGU